AUGGCUGACCAUGCAUUCCCUACCCAGCUUCCCAGCAUGGUCCGAAAGCCCAAAGCUGUAUGGCCGGGCCUCGUCAAGAUGGGCAUGUACCAGAAGCAAAUAGCAGGGGACGGCAAUUGUCUCUUUGCCUCUCUCUCUGACCAACUCUACGGCACGCCUGCAAAACAUCCCGAGAUACGUGCAAGCAUCAUUGAACACAUGCGAACUUAUCGACCACUUUUCGAGCAUUAUGUCCACAAGGAUGACGUCCAGCAACGACGAACCCUCCGUUCUACUACGUUGGCUGUCCGCCAGGAACCAGAAGACGCGUUUGAAGAAUACUUAUCUCUCAUGUCACGCAACGGAACAUAUGGCGGCGAGCCUGAAUUGGUAGCCUUCUGCCAGGUAUUUGAUCAGGAUGUCACAGUGCACCUGCCACGCAUCAAGAACUUCGACAGGGACUCAAUAUCAUACACGAAUGAACACCGAGGGUCCCCUAUCGCCCUGCCUCCCUUGCACAUCUGCUAUGGCGGAGACGAGGUCACGCGAGCACACUACGAUUCCGCUCGAAGCAGAGACGGCUCUACACCCAGAACUCAGAAUAGUCCUCUCCUCAAGCCUCAAGACACUCCUCGUAAUGCUCUGACCGGUUCGAUCCCCCUUGGCCCAGGCAGUGUCCUCACCACCAGAGCCAUCCGAAACAGCAGGUCUGACUUGUCCUCCGAACUCAUCCAAGAUUUUCUCCAGAGAAGCAAGAGGGAGGUCGAGAACAAUUUGGACCAACUCAGCGACAAAUAUCGCGCUAGGAGUCCCUCGGUAACCUCUUCUCAACGCAGCUCCAGCUCAAAGAGAUCCUUGGACGACGACGGAGAGCCUAUUCGCUCGAACAAGAGAGCUGAUAGACGAAGGAGCACUCGAAGACGCGCUGAUAUGAAGAUUACCAUCUCAGACCCAGACGAUGAGUUCGCUCCACGUCUGCCUAUCGACUCUCCCAAUGCAAACAUUCCUUUAAGCACGCAGGAUACCGAGCUCUCGUCAGACGUUCAGGCUCUAGAAUACGAUGCUGAAUUGAUCAGGACUACGUCCAUUGCGCCAACCGAGAACGACGCCUUCGAGUCUGCUGCUCGUGCAACCAAGCAACCAGUCAAACCAAAGGAUCGAACAUCUCACAACAUGGUCUCGAACAAAUCACAGGCGUCUGAGUCGUCAAGUGUGAGGCUGAUUUCUGUCGCCGAGAGGCCCAAGUCAACAUUGCGGGCAUAG